AUGUCUGAUGCUACAGAGCAACCGAAGGAGCGUUUCGCCCCAAAGCAAGCUGUGGCACUGAACCCACCAAAAGAUGACAUCAUCGAUCGCGAAUAUCUUGCCAAAUGCGAUGGUACAAGAGAAGGAUUUCCUACUCUGGUGGCCAUCAAAGGCGAUGUCUUCGAUGUGAGCGGCAAAGAGACCUACGCGCCUGGCAAAGGAUAUCAUGUUUUUGCGGGCAAGGAACCGAACCGCGCCCUUGGACUUUCCUCUUUGAAGCCAGAAGACUGUAUAUCUGACUACUCUGCACUCUCUGAUAAAGAGAAGCAGGUCUUGAACGACUGGCACACGUUCUUUAGCAAGAGGUAUAACAUAGUGGGUAGACUGCAGCCAGAGAGUGGCGCAAAUCUUUAG